UAAUCCAGUUUUUAUUUCACAAAGAAACGAAAACGUAAAUGUACAUUUUGAAAACAACGUUGAAGUUGAUAAAUUUAAUGUUACACAAUCACAAAGAAAAGAAAAUGUAAAUGUACAUCUUGAAAGCAACGUUGAAAUUGAUCAAUUGAAUAAAACACAAUGUAAUUACGCAUGUUCAAUCAUUGAAUUUAUACCAUGCACUGAACCAACAACAUCUAAUUUAAAUUUGGAUAUAAUUUCUGAACAAGAUAACUAUAUAUGUGAAAACCAACAAAUAUUUCAAGAAAUAUUGAAUGGCAAAGUACAAGCUUGUUUGCCUGAUGUAACCUGGGGAAUACACCGUAGUUUAGAGUCACCAUUUCAAAUAUUGUUUACUCAAGCAUGUAAAUGUAUAACAGGAAACAUGAUAAUUAUGAAACAGAUUAUACUUUUCCCUGAUUUACAAUAUAAAGUAUUGUUUCUGGGGAAAGAAGUAUUGUCAUAUCAACAUAUAUUACAAAAUUUGGAUGAUAUCAAUUUACUUAUUGAACAUGCUCAUAGUACAACUUUGUGUCAAGGAGGACCAGGUAUUGAGGAACCACGUUUUAAGGAAAUUCAUCCGUUAUGCUCUACAAAGGAUUUUAUUACAAGUACUUGGCGACAUAAAAAAUGUCCUUUAGAAACUUCUGGAGAACAAAUAUGUAAAUUCUGUGUAUCAUUGCACAAGACUUUGCAACGGAACGUUGACCGUAAAAAGCAUCAGAAAAGCACUGGAAAAAUAAUACUUACAUCUACAACUAAGAAAAGAGUAACAGCUUUAAGAGCUGCAAAGCAUGUGAAAGUUCAAGCACUUCAGAGGCGAAAACUGAAGGAGAAUGCUGUUAAAGAUACUAUAAAACAUCGUCAAUUAGACGGAUUUAUUGAAACGUUACAGUGGAAAUGCGACGAUAUUAUUGAAGAAGAUUAUGAAUUAACACCUGUACUUGAUCGCAUGAUUUAUUAUGUCUCGGAUUUUAUUGCAAAAAAAAUGAUAAAGCGAACUGAUUGUUCUACAUGUAAAACAGCAUUCAUACAGCUUGCAAAUUCUACACCAGAAGCAGAAUUAGUAAACUUAAAAUCUCAAGGAAGACCAAUACAUCCUAAUCACAUGCUAUACGCACUUUUUCAAACAACUGAAUAUUAUUUUAGAAAAAACUUACAUGUCUUUAACAUUUACGAACAAACUAUUGAUGAUGUGAUAAAUAAUUACAUUAUCACAUUUCCAUGCAAUGAUCAUAAAUUAGACGUAACAAGUUAUUGUAUUUAUUAUUAUGUAACGAUGCGAAUGCGUCAAUAUUCACGCCAAAUAAAUAAUGAUUUACCGAAAAAAACAUGUAAAAGAAAAAAACAAGCACGAUUAUAUGAUACUUAAAAACAUGUAUAAUUAAUUUUAAUUUAAUAAAUUUCUUUUUUCGAUCAUAAAAU